UUAACAUAAAUAGUCAUUUAAAAUGAAAUACGAUAAAUAAAGAUAAAAUUUUUAAGUCUUUUAUAAAAUAAAACACAAAUAUAUAAAAAUGUGACAUUUACUAAAUAUUUGUCAAUUGAAAAAAAAAAACAAAAAUAAACCCGCGCUUUGAAAGCGCGGGUCAAAAUCUAGUAUAUUGUUAAACCAACAAAGGCAAAGUUAUAUUGGGAUAUUUAAUUAGAGAGGAAACAGAUUUAGAGAUGACAAAUAGAGUGUUCCAAUCUAAUAUGUUGUUAUAUUGUCGUCUACUUAAACACUUUUAAAUCAUCUAUUUAUAAUAUGAAUGAAAUCCCAUUUGGAAUAUUUUCAUGACGUAAAAUAACGAACAAAUGAGAAUAUGCUUAUACAAUAUACACUUAGAAUAUUAGCAAUUUUAUACAUGCAUGGAUUAAUUACUAAAACCAAAGGUCACACCAUGCUUGCUUUGACAAGCUUUCCAUGCAUCUCAUCCCUUCUCUUAGCGUUGACUUUUGACAAUUCCAACAUGCUACUCUAUCCAUACCUUAUAAUCAAUCAUAUAGCUGACGAAACCUCUAUUAUUUAUCAUCUUCCUCUUCUAAACCUCAUUAACCAAAAACCAUUAAACCGCAGCCACCAUGAAUACCUUCCAACCGCCGCCGCAGAUGCCGGUUUUCGCCGGAGGAUUCAGUUACGGAGUAGGAGUUUCCAUCGGAGUGCUUCUCCUCAUCACAACCAUCACACUCACCUCUUACUUCUGCACACGUAACCAGCACUCUUCAUCACCUUCACAAACCAAUCAAGAUUUGACUCGUGUACAUCACCACCACCAUGUCAUCAUCGACGUUGUCCCAGGUCUGGACGAGGAUACCAUUCAGAGCUACCCAAAGAUCCUGUACUCGGAAGUGAAGGGAAACUCCACGUCGUCGUGUUGUCACAUAUGCUUAGGAGACUUCAAAGGGAAUCAUAUGCUGCGGCAACUACCAGAUUGUAACCACCUCUUCCACCUCAAAUGUGUCGACACGUGGCUUAGACAAAAUCCUACGUGUCCUGUCUGCCGGACUUCGCCGCUUCCUACUCCCCUCGCCGAGGUUGUUUCCUUAGCCUCUUCUGUCGCCACCAUCAGGAUGUCCUGAUUAAUUGUUUGUAUAACCUCAAGAAUCCUGAACCAAAGUCAAUAAUAAUGUUCAUGAUAUUUAUCUUCUUCAGUUACUUCUUUAGUUCCUUUUAAAGCUUUCAAUUUCGGUCACUAACUGAUGAUUGUAUAUAUAAUUUGGAAUCUGUAAAGGAAGAAAGUUAAGGGUAAAUUUCACAAUAAGUUCUAUGACGUUUUCUUUUGUAAAAAGUUAUAUUAUACUAUUACGUACCUGCAGGUACCACGAAAAAGAAUAUUAAGUCGUUUUGAAA